GUGUAGUCUAUGUUUUAUUCGACAAAAUGGAUUCGGACUCGGAAUUAGAUAUGGGAAGUGGAAUUAAAGAAAAUGUAGUUAGGCCUAAAUGUUUCAUCUCUAAUAGCUAUGAAGAUUUUUCAUUGAGGCUAGCUGAAAUGGAAACAACUACCAGAACGAGGUUCAACCUUCGCACAUGUACUAAGAAAGUUUUAGAUGUCAAAGCUGCGAUCUCCAAGCCAACUUCGAGGGUUCAAUGGCAGGAAAACAUUCCAUACAUUUGGUUGGAAUCCAUAUUGUACGUAUGCCAUCAAGGAAAAGACAUUGGUGCCUGUGCAAAAAAGAAGUAUGCUGCUCAACGAGAUUUAAAGGCAAUGGAUGACCACAUAUUUGUGAAGCGAUACAAAAAAGUUCAGACAACAAAAAAACUAGACUGUCCUGCAAAAAUUACUGUCAAGAGAGUAGUCCGAUUUAUGAAUCACCAGGUGACUGAUGAAAUGACAGAUGUGAAAAAACGAGCUGCCUCCAAGUUAAUCAAGAAAUCAAUAUCGGAUGAGACAGAUUUAGGAGAAGAGGGCUAUUUUUACAACUUGCCAGCUCAAGAUGAGCACAAAAAUCAUCUGAUUGGAGAAGAAGCUGAUGCAGUUGAACCAGUCGACAAAAGAACAUAA